UGGCAAUUGGCGGCCACAGGGCAGUAGGCAAACUGCUGAUUGCUGGCCUGAAUGGAGGCUGAGUAGUGUUAGCUUCGUCGUUAGUGAUUAAUAAUAAUUAACUUAUAAGCGUGAAUGGUCUUACCACUGACAUUCGCGUCUUAAAAUUGACAUGUGGCAGUGAAUAAACUAGUAAAUCUUAUUAGUUAAAAUGUUUAGAAGUAAAAUAAGGAUACACACAUGCCGAAUUAUCCUCCUUACAUCGCUUGUGUGGUUGUUAGUUGAUGUUGCAAUACUAACUUUUUAUUCCGACUGUUUUGGUGAUGGUUGCAACAAGAAAACAACAAACGAUUAUGGAUUAAGUGAUGUAGAAGAAUUAAGAGGCAAAAAGGCUGCCAUAGCUGCUGGAUUACAUAGAGAUGUGGGUGAUGAUGAUACAAAUCUGGAGGAGAAUGAGGUAGAGCCAGAAGUUGGUGAUGAUGGGUUAAAUUUGCCCUCAUAUCCAAGAUCUAGGCUUAAGAAGUGGAAGCCUUCUCCACAAAUAAAACCUCAAGGAGACAUCCCAGGAGAAAUGGGCAAACCAGUAAACAUUCCAAUAGAACAGGAAAAGAUAAUGUUGGAGAAAUUUCAGGAAAAUCAAUUUAAUUUAAUGGCUAGUGACAUGAUCUCGUAUAAUAGGUCAUUGACUGAUGUUAGAUUUGAAAAGUGUAAAGAUAAGCCAUAUCCACAACUACUGCCAACAACAAGUGUUGUGAUAGUUUUCCAUAAUGAAGCGUGGUCUACACUGAUAAGAACUAUAUGGAGUACAAUAAAUAGAUCACCGCGGCCACUUUUGAGGGAAAUUAUAUUGGUUGAUGAUGCAAGUGAGAAAGAACAUUUAGGCAAGAAGUUAGAAGAGUAUAUUAAAACACUGCCAGUGCCGACGCAUUUGUUUCGUACGGAGAAUCGUUCGGGUCUAAUUCGCGCGCGACUCCUCGGCGCGAAACACGUGAAAGGUGACGUCAUCACCUUCUUGGACGCUCAUUGCGAGUGUACAGAGGGUUGGUUGGAACCGCUCCUCGCGAGGAUCGUUGAAGACAGGACUACAGUUGUAUGUCCGAUCAUUGAUGUUAUUUCGGACUCAACAUUCGAGUACAUUCAAGCUUCGGACAUGACGUGGGGCGGUUUUAAUUGGAAACUCAACUUCAGAUGGUACCGCGUACCAGAGCGUGAAAUGGCAAGAAGAGGUGGUGACCGAACAGCUCCUUUACGCACGCCUACAAUGGCUGGUGGCCUUUUUGCCAUCGACAGGGAAUAUUUCUACAAAAUCGGCUCUUACGACCAGGGGAUGGACAUCUGGGGUGGAGAGAACUUGGAGAUGAGCUUCAGGGUGUGGCAGUGCGGCGGGCGCCUUGAAAUAGUGCCUUGCUCUCACGUCGGCCACGUGUUUCGUGAUAAAUCGCCGUACUCAUUCCCCGGUGGAGUUCAAAACGUGGUCCUCCAUAACGCGGCAAGAGUUGCCGAAGUGUGGAUGGACGAAUGGGGAGAGUUCUAUUACGCCAUGAAUCCAGGUGCCUUGAACGUGCCCGUCGGUGACGUCACUGAACGGAAGGCUUUGCGGGAGAAGCUGAAAUGCAAGAGCUUCAGAUGGUACCUGGAGAAUAUUUAUCCGGAGAGUCAGAUGCCUCUUGAAUAUUAUUAUUUGGGAGAGAUUCGAAACGCUGAAACGUCUAAUUGCCUUGACACGCUGGGCGGGAAAGCUGGACAGCCUCUGGGAAUGGGAUACUGUCAUGGAAUGGGUGGAAAUCAGGUAUUCGCAUAUACAAAACGCAAGCAGAUUAUGUCUGAUGACAAUUGCCUUGAUGCGGCUCACCCGAGGGGUCCAAUUAAGCUAAUCCGGUGUCAUGGGAUGCGAGGAAACCAGGAGUGGACUUAUGACGCUAAGUUGCGCACGAUAAAGCACUCCAACACGGGUAUGUGCCUUACAAAGCCCGAGUCGGCGGAUGUAUGGAAGCCGGUCCUGAGGGCGUGUGAUAAGUCAAGGGGACAGCAAUGGCUGAUGCAACUUGACUUCAAGUGGCAAGCCCGUCGCAGCUAGUGCACCUCGAUAAUAUUUAACAACGAUAGACCACAACAGUCUUCCCCUAUCGUUAUAUAUUAGAUUCUUUUAUUCCUAUGUCUAGUUUUAUAACGACUUUGCCCAAUUUGACAAUACAUCUCGUAUUUCCUGAUGUUGCUCAAACUGUUUGUUUGCUCUUGGAAUUAUUUAGCGUAAGAUUGUAAUGGUACGAUGGUAUUUUGAGAUUAAAUCCACGUUGGAAAUUUUUGCGUUAUCAACGUUUUAUAAGUGUUUCUAAUCGUGUUCAAAUACGCAAAUAAAUAAAUUAUAUAAGCUAAAUUUAAAUUUUGGAAUUAGAUACAGUUUUUAGCAGUUCCAAUAUUUAAUACAUCUAUAUUUAAGAUGUCUUCAAAAAUUUGAUUAAUACAUGUAUGUAUAUCAUGUCCAAUAACUCCAAAGGCAAAAUGAGCAGCUUUUUAGUUUUCUUUAUCUUUCUUCUUUAUUUAAAACGCCUUAAAAGCUUAUGUAUUUAGGUUAAUAUUGUGUGAGUUAUACAUGUCCGAAUACUGAAAGGUCUUCCAAAUAAUUUCCGUAAUUUGAUUUUUGCGUAUUUGAAUUAUUAUUAGGCUAAAGGAAUUUCGAUAAUGCCCAUUUGAGUUUUGAGGUGUGAAGUGAUAAGUCAAAAGUUGGCGUUUUCCAGAAAUUAUCACGAAUUUAUUGUUAAUGUUCCAUAAUUGUUUAACGCUUAUUUCUGUUUCGAGUUCUGUGACUGUUGAAGUUUUCACGAGAUUUUACAUUUCCAUUUAUUUUCUCGAUGAACAAUUGACAGUUUAGAAUUACAUUUUUUCAAUUACAAACAGAAUUGUUUGAUAUGUUUUUUGAAUGUUUCCCUUAUUUCAGUUUGGUUUUGGAAUUCUACGCGUCACCUUAAUUUCGUUUUCCUCCUCUCUUGGAGACUUACGCUUUAGAAAACAUCCCUUGUUACAUAUAAACUUAAAUUCUUUAUAAUUAUUUGUUAACGUCCCAAAAAAAAAAAAACCAAUUUUUACACCUUUGUAAUAAGAUGUCAUUUUGCUAUCGAGGGAA